CUAAUAAAAUUCAAAUUUUAAUAUAUGUAUUUUAAAUAAUAUUUUAAUAAAUAUUUGUUCUUAUCAUAAACAUAUUCUCUCUUACAAUAUUGAUAUUUUAUUUUGUUUAAAAUGACAGUAUUUAUCAUUCAUUAUUAUGGAUGAAGAAGAUUAUUUGUUAACACCUGAAAAUUAUGGGAAUGUUUCAACUGAUAUUUAUAAUAAAGACGAAUAUUCAGUGUCUAAAACUGAUGAUUCGCCGUCAUUAAAAUCUAAUAUCGCAGAAUGUGUUAGUUCAAAAAAUGAAACUAAGAUAAAGGAGAUACCCGAACAUUCUAAAACUUCUGAGAAAUUAAAAUCUGAAUCUAAAGAAGUUUUUGAACAAGUCGAACCCAGCCGUUUUAUUUUGGACUAUAAACCCUGUAGAGAUGUUGAAUGUUUUAAGUGUUUAAAUAAGAUAUCUGAAGGUACUUAUGGGACAGUAUACAGAGCAUUGGAGUUAAAAACUGGAAAAAUAGUUGCAUUAAAACACAUAAAGUAUCACGAUGUCCAGUGGAAAGAAGGAUUCCCAUUAACGAACUUGCGGGAGAUCUCAAUACUGCUACAACUAAAUCACCCUAACAUUUUAUCUGUGAAAGAAAUUGUUACGAAUAAGAAGCACGACCAGUUUUACAUGGUUAUGGAAUAUGUUGAGCAUGAGUUGAAGACUUUAUUAGAAGAAAACAGACCAAAUUUUACAUUGUCUGAGAGAAAAUGUCUCCUCAAGCAACUUCUAGAUGGAAUAAACUAUCUACAUCAGAACUGGGUAAUGCACCGUGACCUUAAAACAACUAAUAUAUUGUAUAAUAACAGUGGAUUGGUUAAGAUUUGCGAUUUUGGAAUGGCUAGGAAAUUCGGUGUUCCUAUUAGGAAAUACACACAUAAUGUAGUUACGCAUUGGUACAGAGCUCCCGAGUUGUUUUUGGGUGAGCCUUAUUAUACCGAAAAAACUGAUGUUUGGAGCAUUGGAUGUAUUUUUGCCGAGCUUAUACUAUCAAGGCCUUUGUUCAUGGGAACAAACGAUGCAGAUACAUUGGAUAAAAUCUUUAGACUCUGUGGAUCUCCGACUGAAGAGAACUGGCCUGGAUUUUCUAAACUGCCAGGCGUUGUUAGUAAUAAAUUUCAAAUACACAAAUAUAGCCCUUCAUUUGAAAGUGUUUUCAAGGUUGGAAUAAUGGGUGGAAUGGUUCAUGGGUCAACUUGUAUGACUGAGUUGGGCCUAGAUUUAUUGAAAAAAAUGUUAAAUAUUGACCCCAACCAAAGAAUAUCCGCCAAAGAUGCUCUUAAUCAUCCUUACAUUACUCAAGAAAAACCAAGAACUCAACCAAUAGAGCUAAUGCCAACGGUUCCUGAUACCAACUCCACCUCGAGGACUAAAAGAAGGCAAGAUAAUAACGAGAACCCAGAAAUGGAGUGUCCGUCGCGGUUUAGGGGAAGAGUUGAUCCUGUAAAAUUCCUAUCAAUGAUGAAAGAAAAAAAAUUAUCAAAAAGAUGAAAAUAUUUAAUAUUUUUAAUUUUAAAAAUUGUAAAAUAUAAUUC